AAAAUGAAAUGUGACUUUCAAAUUAUUCAGUUGAAUGAUGUCGAACGAACAACGUUGUGAUCAGCCAAUUUCUCUUUGUUGGAAAAAUUUACGCUAUGAAGUCGACGAAUGGUGUAUGAUCGACGGUUGGAAAGCAAGUCGCAAACGAAAAGUAAUCCUCAACCGUCUUAAUGGUUCAGUGCGGUUGAACAGUCUGAAUGCAUUGCUCGGACCAUCUGGUGCCGGUAAAACUUCGCUGAUCAAUUGUCUCACCGGCAAUGUUCCAGCCAAGAAUAUUUCAUCAGAAACUGAAAUUUAUAUCAACAAAGAGAUAAUCGCAAAGUCAUCGAAUUCAUUGGUCAGUUUUGUGCCGCAAUUAGUUCAUGAGAUAAUCCUAGGACGGUUCACAGUGCUCGAGAGUUUGUAUUAUGCAUUCUGCUUCAAGAAUCCUGCUCACAAUCAGGGUCGAGCGUAUCAACACAUCCAUUCAACGAUCCAAGAAUUGAUGUUGAACCCAAAAGUGUUGCAAACACGUUUCGAAAAUUGCUCUGGUGGCGAACAACGUCGAGUGGCCAUCGCUCAAGAACUGAUGUCAAUCGAAUCGAAACCACCGUUUUUGUUCAUCGAUGAACCGACCACCGGUUUGGACAGUGAGUCAGCAUUGGUUGUAAUGAAAUGCCUACAGCGAUUGUCCGAGCAGAAUGGCAUCACAGUCAUUGUCUCAAUCCACGCUCCUAGUUCGGACAUAUUGAAUAUGUUCGAUCAACUGUACAUCAUAGCCAAGGGAGGUGUUUGCAUUUAUUCUGACCAUCCGGAUCGAUUACGGCCACAUCUGAAUCAAAUCACUGGAAUCUCAUUGAAUGAGGAAGAUUCUCCGAUCCAGGAAUAUCUUCGUAUCGCUAGCAACGGCAUUGAUGAUGAACAAGUGAGGAAAUUGACUCAAGAGAGUGUUCAACAAAGCCAUCUACGACUGACAUCUCAUAUCAACAAAUUAGCCGAAAACGAAUGCCCAUUCGAAUCGAUUCCAAAGGGUAUUCCUCAUUAUUCAAAAAAAUUCCGCUUCUUCGAUCUUUGGACACAAUUCAAACGUCUACUGUGUUUAACAUUCAUUGCCGAUGUUCGAGUUCUGAUAGGUGUUUUUGUCGAAACCACUGUCAACUUAAUACUAUUUGCAUUAAUCACCAAUAAAGAUAUGGUGAUGCCUGGAGGAUGUAUGCCAUUCGAUAUAGAACAUUACAAUCAAACUUGUCAGGAUAAAUUGAAAGAUGAUCGAUUAAAUAUGACGUUAAUUGUGUUUUUAACGUUCAUUACGCUUCUUUUCUUAGGACUCAGUAUAGGAAUGAAUUCCUUGAUUGCCGUCAAUUCUAUGAAAGUUUUUCGCCAUGAAUAUCGCAAAGGUUGGUACAGUUAUGCUUCAUUGAUUUAUCCAGUUCAUGUGAAUGACAUGAUCACUUCGUUUUUCAUCGUUUUAAUGUGCGUCAUAAUUUUGUUUAUGACUUGCGGUAUCAUCUAUGUUGAUCAAUAUCAAAUAAAUUGGCAUCGUUUGGCGAUUUUAAUUUUAUUUUAUUACCUUAUGUUUAUGUACGGACAAUCAUUUGGUUAUUUUGUUCUGGCAACUUGUAUUGAUCAACUAGAAUUACUUCUAUUGCUAUGCCAAAUGAUACUUAUCAUAUUUAUUAUGACUAAUGGAUUAUUGGUAUCGAUUAAUAUAAUGGACAAACCUUUUUAUUUGGCUAUUUCGCAUAUAAUUGGUAAUCGAUAUUUAAUGGAUGGAAUUAUUUAUGCAUUCUUCGGUAUUGAUCGUUGUGAUCCUCAUACAGAAUAUUCAAAGAUAUUGAAACAAUUAUCUAUCGAUCCAGACAAUGUCUAUUGGAACAUAAUGUAUCCAAUGUUUGUUACAGUAGUGAUUCGAAUCAUAUCUGUUGUUGUGAUGCGUUGGACCUUUAGAAAUGUGAACGAUGGAAAAAUCGUAUCGAAAAAGAAAGUGAAAACCUUGGCGAGAAUCCUAACACCUUCAAUUGAAAUUAAUUUCCAUGAAAAGCCUACUUCUGUUCAGAUGAUCGACAGUAAUAAUAACUUUGAAGUUGAUUUGCCCAACAAAAAUGAAUUUCAACAAUUUUGUAAUGGCCGCUAUAUUAUCGGAUGGCGUCACUUGACAUUGUUCGCUACCGAAACCAUCUAUGAGAUGCGUCCGACACCUGAAUCACUGGAUGAUUUUGGAGAUAAGUUAAUACUACGGAAUCUCAGUGGACAAUUUCAGUUUGGAACAUUGAAUGCAAUCAUGGGCAGCUCCGGUUCGGGCAAAACGUCGCUGUUGAAGGUUUUCAAUGGCAAAAUGAAAACCAAACUGUCCGGUUCGACACAAUUCUAUCUCAGUCGUUUCGUACCAAUUCGAACUUGCUAUAUCAACCAAGAAGUGUCAAAUCACCUGAUACCUGGUUUAACGAGCAAACAAAGUUUGAUUUAUGCUUCUAAAUUGAAAAAUUGUCACCAAACACAAACAAUUGACCAUGAACAAGUGGCAACCAAACUUCUCAACGAAUUAGACAUGGCCAACACGGCCAACACCAUGGUACAGAAUUGCUCCGGUGGAGAAAGAAAGCGAUUGGCUCUGGCAAUGGAACUGACAUCAGUUCGAAUGCCCAAUCUGAUCUGUAUCGAUGAACCAGUCAGUGGGCUGGAUUCCAAUUCAGCACGGUUGGUCCUUCAAUGUCUUCGACGAUUCAUUGCUCGACAUCCGGAUAUCACUAUGGUGGUCAGCAUUCACCAACCUAGUACCGAACAGUUGGAUAUGUUUGACCUGUGCUAUGUGCUUGCAUUCGAUGGUCUGGGUAUUUACUCGGGACCUCCAGCCCGAAUCAAAAGCUUUCUCAAUGAGGUAUCUUCUAUCGAUGAUGAUAAACGAUUUCCAAUCGAAUCUCUCAUUCGAUAUUCGUGCACUGGUCACUCGAAUCCCAUCGUACAACGAUUAGCUGAAGAAACCAAUUAUCAAAUCCACAAAAUCACACCAUCGCUGUUACAGGAUACGGUUCAUAUAAAGGAUGGGGUACAAUUUCAUCAAAUUCGAUUCUCAUUGCGAUCGGUAGCCAUUUUAUUCCGUCGUUUAGUUCAUUUUUCAUUCGGAUAUCAAUGGCCAAUAUGGCUAGCCUAUACAAUCAUGUAUAUUUUUAUAUCGGCUUUAUUUCGAGAUUUUUUCAAUGAAAAAAUAGCUGAUAUUGAUGGUUGCAUAUCAAUUAAUGAUGAUUUCCUCGCUAUUUGUUCGAAUGUUACCAAUCAAAAAUUUAUAGAAGAUCUACGUCUUAUCAAUAGUGUAAAUUAUGCCCUCUUUUCCAGUAUCGCAUUCUUUUUCCUAUUGGACAUGCAAAUGAUCAACUUGUUCACGUUAGAAUUGAAAUUUUUUUCAACUCAACAUUUAAAUGGUUGGUAUACUUGUGGUGCUUAUUAUCUGUCGAAAUUGUUGUUCGAUGCUAUCACUAUUCUACCAAUGGCCAUAAUGUUUGUUUAUUUAACCGAUAUCUAUUCACUGGUUUCGCCAAACAAUUAUUUCGUCUGGCAAGUGUUGAAUUUAUAUUUAUCAUCAUUUUCUGUUAUGGCCAUAAUGAACAUAAGCAUAGUGUUACUACGUAAAUCACUAAUCGCCUUAUUCAUUGUUGUAGGAUUUUCACAAGGUUUUUUUCUAUUAUUAUCCAAUAUUUACACUGUAAUUGAAGAUUUGAAUUUUAUCGCGCGAUUUUUUUCAUUUUUAUCAAUUUAUCGUUAUCAAUUUCCAUCAACAUUAUGGCUAAUCUAUGGUGGUGAACGUUGUCGUCCAUAUGAAAUACAAUCAUUGAUGUAUAUGUUGAAUAUUCCAACCAAUAAUGAUGAAUAUUUUUAUGAUUGUAUGGUGAAACUAAUUUUAUUGGCCAUAUUUUAUCACACAAUUGCAUUAAUUGUUUUCUGUAUCAAAUACAAUCCAUUAAUCAAUCGACAUGAAAGAGUCGAAAAAAUCCAAGAAUUUCGUCAAAAACGUUUAAUUAGUUCUUACAAAAACAAUAAUCAUUCAACCAAUUUUUUGUUUUAAAUAUCAUGAUGAUUAACGAGUAAAUAAAUAUCAAGAUUUUUUUUCGCUUUAAUCAUUUCAAGAUCAUCGAAUCAUAGUUAUUUCCUCGUAAAUGAUUGAAAACCUGUUUUUCAUUUCAUUUCAUAAAAUUUUUUACCAUUACUUUUGUUCUGAAAUAAUCUGAACAUCAUCAUCAACCAAAUAUAUAUAUUAUUAUUAUUAGCAACAAUCGAUUCUGAUGUGCUUUUUUAAUGGCCAAAAAACUUCCAAUUUUCACUCAAUAUUGACAUAUGUUUGCAGUCAUGCGCUAUAUUGAAACAUUGAAUU